AUGUCAAGCCUCGACCUCGUUAUUGGCCCACCUCCAGAGGGUCUCGACUUGAACGCCAACCGCAUCGCUCAGAACAAUGGUACUGUGGCGGCCGUCAUGGCCAUUGCCACAGUCUUUGUGUGCCUACGAUUCUGGGCGCGGACUGCGAAAGAGAGUGCUGUCCUGGCAUACGACGACUGGUCACUUUUGGUGGCGCUGGCGUUUGCCUACGGGACGGGCAUCUGCUGCAUCCUGGGUGGAAAGUAUGGCAUUGGCAAGCAUAUCUGGGUCGUCGAGCCGGAGAAUGUGAUUAUGAGCAUGAAGAUCAUCUUUGCCUAUGUGAUCCUCUAUGCGACGACCGUCCCCAUGGUCAAACUGUCGGUUCUCCUCCUCUACCACCGCAUCUUCCGACUCACCUGGACCCUGUACCUGUGCGCCUUCCUCUCCAUUGGGUAUACAAUCUCCGUGUCCACCGCCAUUUCGCUCGCAUGCGUGCCGACCUCGUACUUUUGGACGCAGUGGGUAGAUCCCCUGAGUGGCGGCUACUGUCGGAUCAACCUGUAUCUUUUCUAUCUCUGGAACGGAGUCGCCAACCUGUUGACCGAUGUGAUUAUUCUCUGUCUGCCGAUGCCAAUUGUCUGGCGACUGCAAAUGCCCCGAUCGCAGAAAUGGGCGAUCAGCGGGAUUUUCCUGCUGGGAGGCUUGUAA